AUGUUGAAGUCACUUUUCAACUACGGGGAUUAUUCGUUUGACGGCCAAAUUCUCUCAGCUGCAUUUAGCACUCUAAUCCAUUUGUCUGUCAUUUUCCAACAUUCAUCUAUCUAUCAUUCAUCUAUCUAUCUAUCCAUUCAUCUUCAUCCAUUCAUCUAUCUAUCUAUCUAUCUAUCAUCAACAAUCUGUUCAUUAUUCUCUAUCCAUUCAUCCAUCUAUCUAUCUAUCCAUCCAUCCAUCCAUCCAUCCAUCCAACCAUCCAUCCAUCUUCCAUCUCCAUCAAUCCAUCUGUUCCUAUUAUCCCAUCAUCCAUCCAUCCAUCACAAUCUGUUCAUCUCCAUCCAUAUCCAUCCAUCAUUUGAUCAUCAAUCUGUUUCCAUCCAUUAUCCAUCAUUCAUCUAUCCAUCCAUCUAUCAUUCAUCCAUUAUCCAUCAUCAUUUAUCCAUCUGUUCAUUAUCCAUUCAUCUAUCUAUCUAUCUAUCUAUCAUCUGUUUCAUCAUCCAUCUAUCUCAUCUAUCUAUCUAUCUAUCUAUUAUCCAUCAUUCAUCUAUCCAUCGUCAUCAUCCAUAUCUUAUCUAUCCAUCCAUCCAUCUAUCUAUUCAUCCAUCCAUCAUCCAUCUAUCUAUCAUCAUCUAUCUCUAUCCAUUCAUUAUCUAUCUAUCAAAAAUCCACAUUUACAUCUAUAUCUAUCAUAGGUUCUCAUCUAUCUAUCUAUCUAUCUAUCUCCAUCCAUUCAUCUAUCUAUCUCUUCAUCUAUCAUCUAUCCAUCCAUCUAUCAUUAUUCAUCUAUCUAUCUGUCACAAUAUCUUCAUUAUCUAUCAACUGACAUCACGUAUCAUUCAAUAUCUAUCUAUCCAUCUAUCUAUCUAUCCAUCUAUCUAUCACAAUCUGUUCUUAUCCAUCUAUCUAUCUGCAUCUAUCUAUCUAUCUUCUAUGUUCAUUAUCCCCCAUUUUUCUUCCAUAUCUCUUCCAUUUGAUUAUUUUUUUUCUCCUUCAUUAUUUUUUUAUAUUUUCUUUUUAUUCAUCUAUCUAUAUUAUUUUAUCAUCACAACUUCUCUUCAUUUUUUCUCAUUCUUUUCUUUAUAUCUGAAAACUAGAUUUUAUGCAUCAGUUCUCUUUCCUUUCUUCUUUUGCUUUCGUUUGUAUUCAUUUCUGAUUUUUUUUUCUCUUUCGUUUUCGUUUUUGAAUAAUUAUGUUUUCUUCAUUAAUUUUCUUUUUAAAUUUUCUUCACUCUUUCUUAUUUUAGUCCGUUUUUCAUUCUUUUAUCUCUCUGUCAUAUCGUUCUUCUUUGUUUUUUCUUUCUUCGACCUUUCAAUUUCAUUAAUCCGUACGGCAUUUCAAUUUAUCUCCAUUGUUUCCGACAACCACAAAUUAAUUUAUUUAUUAAUGAGGUGA